UAGCUUUUGUUGUUACAACUAAAUUUGGAUUGAAUCUGGAAUAACUUUGUUAUCAUCCAAAAGCUGGAAAAAUUUCUUCAAUUUCUAUUUCAGUUUCUUUUCUUCUUUUUUCGCCUUUCUUUUGCUUUCUUCGCCAUCUUCUCAACUUUUAUCGUUUGUUUUCACAUUUUUAACUCAAUAUUUUUGACUCAAUUUUACUUUCAUUCAGCUAAAUUAACAACAAGAUCAACUGUGUUUACCUCGCGUACAACCGUUGCGAUUACAUAUUUAAACACAUCAUAUUUUUCACCUUGGCUUCCAACUUGAUUCAUUAAAGUGUUUCUCUAACCACAUUUUAACCCAACGUUAACCAUUUAUCUAAAUUGUUACAUAAUUAUCAACAAUAAAUAAAUUUAUUUUGUUAUUAAUCUUUUGUUUAUACCAAUUAUAACAACCAAGACCAACUAAUUUUGUACAUGUAUCAACUUGUUUACCUCUCAAUGAUAUGAAGUUACAUCGAGUCUAUAGGAAUAUAUAUCCUCACAAAAUUUUACAAACAUUGAUUACACUUUUUUUAUUAAUUUGUGAUACAUCUUAUGCUCGGAAACCAGCAUUUCCCUCUGAGUUUAUCCAAGAAUUAACUGCCAAAGAGCUUGAGAAUCAAGUUGACCAAGGAUCUACUCUUCUUGUCUUCUUUUAUACACGAUCAUGCACUGAAUGUAAGGACUUGCUUCAUGGAUUAGAAAAGAUUUAUGAUGAUGUGGACAAACUAAAGGUCAAUUUUGUUAAAACAUCAGAAAGAGCUGGAGCUAAAAAAUUUGACAUUACUGAGUUUCCCAGUUUGGCUUACAUUAAAAACAGAGAGGUUACAGUUUAUGAAGGAGAUUUAGCCAAAGAGGACUUAUUACUGGAAUGGGUAAUUUCAAUUGACUCUUUGGAUUCACCAGAGAAAAUUGAAGAAGUCAAUUCCAAAAAUCUACAAAAAUACAUUGAUACACAUGACUACAUAGCUGUUUUAUUCUAUAAAAAUAACUGUAAAAAGUGUGAAAAGGUAUUACAUGAAUUAGAAGAGAUUGAUGAUGAUGCUGAUCGUAAAGGAAUCAGUUUCGUCAAAAUAUCCGAUCAAAGUUUGGCCUUUGAAUAUGGACUUGAAGAUCUUCCUGCUUUGGUUUACUAUCGUAAGAGGAUUCCAAUUGUUUAUCAAGGUGACUUGGAAGACGAGUUAGCAGUUCUUGACUGGUUAGUUGACUUCCGUGACACCGCUGAUGAUGAAAACGAGAAAGAUUCCUUGAUUGAAGAAGUGUCAACCAAAGUACUUGAGUCUCUCAUAGAAGAGUCUGAACACCUUGUCGUCCUUUUCUAUGAUGACACUCAGGAAAAAAGCAAGACAGUUUUGCGAGAAAUGGAAACCAUUGAUGAUGAUUGUAGGCAACAUGGAAUCUUGUUUGUGAAAACAAAUGACCGAGAAGCUGCUCGGCAAUUUGGCAUCGACAAUCAUGAAAUGCCUUGUUUAGUUUAUUUUGAAUCUCAGAUACCCAACUUUUAUUCAGGAGAUUUAACUAAAGAGGACCAAGUUCUUGAUUGGCUUGUUCAUCAACAAGCUUCAGAUGAGAUUGAAGAUGUUUCAGACGUCGUCCUUCAUCAAAUUGUCUCCAACAAAUCUCAAGUUGCUGUCUUAUUCUAUGAUAAGGAUGAUCAAAAAUCUCUUGACGCCAUCAGAGAAUUGGAAAACAUUGAUGAUGAUUGUGAUAAACUUGGAUUACCAUUUAUCAAAAUAGACGAUGCUGCACUAGCCAAAGAGUAUGGUAUAGACGAUGAGUUACCAGCAUUAAUUUAUUUUGAGAAGCAAAUUCCUAACCUUUAUGAUGGAGAUUUGGAGAAAGAGGAAAAAGUCUUAGCAUGGUUACAGAAGCAGCUCAAUUCAGAUGAAAUAGAGGAAGUUUCAGAUAAAAUGCUUUACGCUUUGAUCGAAAGAACUGCUCACAUAGCAGUCUUGUUUUACGACUCAUCGAAUCGAAAGUCAGCUGAGAUUCUUCGGGAAUUGGAGCAUAUUGAUGAUGAUUGUGACCGUAAUGAUAUCGUCUUCGUGAAAACCAAUGAUGUUGAAGCUGCUGAAAAAUAUCAUCUGAAUAAAUUACCUGCAGUUGUUUUCUUUGAGAAUGAAGUUCCAGCGGUUUAUGAAGGUGAUUUAACCAAAGAGGAAGAAGUUCUUAAAUGGCUGAUUGAACAACAAGCAUCAGUUGAAAUUGAAGAUGUCAAUUCGAAAACCUUGGAAACUUUGAUUUCCACUGCCGAUGCAGUUGCUGUAUUAUUUUAUGAUCGAGACUCACCCAAAAGUGCCAUCGUACUCAAAGAGCUAGAAAAUAUUGACGAUGAUGCAGAUAAAUACGAUAUACCGUUGGUAAAAAUCGAUGAUGAUAAACUAGCUAAAGAAUACGGACUUAUGGAUGAAUUACCAAUUUUGGUUUACUUCGAGAAUCGAUUACCAACUGUCUAUGAAGGUGACUUGACUAAAGAGGAAGAAGCUUUGGCGUGGCUGAUUAAACAGAAGACAGAAGAUACAAUUGAAGAAGUAACAGAGGAAAUUCUUGAAGAUUUGAUUGAAGAAUCGCCUUAUAUUCUAGUCUUCUAUGCACCAGACAAUUGUAAAGAGUGUUCCCAGAUUUUAGCAGGCUUGGAGCAUAUUGAUGAUGACACUGAUGAACACGGAAUCUUGUUUGUUACCACAGAUGAUGAAAAUUUAGCUCGUAAAAAUGGAAUCAACACUUUUCCAAGUUUAGUUCUGUAUCGUAACGGCAAACCAACUGUUUACAAUGGAGAUAUGAAAAAACCAGAUGAUGUUUUGAAAUGGGUUACAUCAGAAGAGGCAUUGAGUUCACGGGAUUCUAUUGAAGAACUAAACAAGAAAAUGUUGGAUAAAUUGUUGACCCGAUCACCUUAUGUUGCUGUCUUGUUUAUCAAAGACAAAGGUUGCUCUGAGUGUGAAAAGGUUUUGUAUGAGUUGGAAAAAGUUGAUCAUAUUGCUGAAUCAAAUGAUAUUGAUUUCGUUCGCAUAGAGGAUACUGAUUUAGCGAAAGAGUAUAAUGUUGUCGCUUUUCCUGCUCUUAUCUUUUUCAAGAACCGUUUCCCUCAGUUUUAUGAAGGUGAUCUUAAAGAUGAACAUGCUGUUCUUGCAUGGAUGGUUGACUCGAAAGGAUCUAAAGAAGAUGUUAUUGAACAGGUUGACAGGAAAAUGUUGGAAGUUUUGAUCGAAGAUGUUCCUAAUAUUGUUGUAUUCUUUUACGAGGAUGGUGACUGCCCUGAAUGUGAGAAAAUAUUAACUGAAUUGGAAAACAUUGAUGAUGAUACUGAUAAGAUAGGAGUUCAUUUUGUUAAAACAAAUGAUAUCAAUUAUGCUAAAGAAAUUGGAAUCACCAAAAUUCCAACUUUAGUCUACUUCGAGAAUGGAUCUCCAAGCAUUUAUGAUGGUGAUUUAACGAUUGAAGAAGAAGUUUUAGAAUGGUUGAUUCAGCAGAAAAAUGAAGACACAAUUGAAAAUGUAAAUCGUGAAAUAUUGUUCAGAUUAAUUAACGAAAAGGAAUAUUUAGCUGUUCUCUUUUAUAAGCAAAAUGAUGAUGAAAGUGAAGAGAUAUUGGAACAUUUGGAAAAUAUUGAUGAUGAUUGCUCUGAUUAUGAGGUUGAACUGAUAAAAAUAUCGGACAAUUUAAUUGCUAAGAAAUACGGAAUACGAAACCCACCGGGAUUAGUGUUCUUUAGACGAGGUAAACCAUUGAAAUACGAGGGUGAUUUAUUCGAUGAGGAAGAAGUCUUGGAAUGGUUAACUCGACCUGAAAAUAUGGAAUCUUCAGAUGCUAUUGAACGUGUUAAUCGACGAAUGUUUGAACGAUUAUUAGGACGAAUCAAUUAUCUAGCAGUUCUGUUUUACUCAAGACAAGAUUGUAAACAAUGUGACCGUGCUUUGGAUGAAUUGGAAAAGAUUGAUGAUGAAGCUGAUGCAGCCGGAAUCAAGUUUGUCAAAAUCGAAGACAAUGCCUUGGCUAAAAGCUACGGUGCUUAUGCACUACCAGCUCUACUCUUCUUUAAGAAAGGAGAUGAAAACGAUCCCAUUAUUUAUCCUGGUGAUCUCAAGAAGCCUGAUAAAAUAUUAGAAUGGUUAAUUUCAAUGAAAGACCCAAGUUUGGAUAUGAUUGAGGAAAUCGAUGGGAAAAUAUUACGAAAAUUGUUGGCAACUCAAGAUCAUGUAGCAGUUUAUUUUUACUCUGAUGAUUGUGAACAAUGUCAAGCGGUUCUGGAUGACUUGGAAAACAUUGAUACUGAUACGGAUAAACAUGGUAUAGCAUUUGUCAAGACCAAAGACAUGGACAUUGCUGAUGAAUAUGGAUGUAAAACUUUUCCUGCUUUGAUAUAUUUCGAGAAAGGAACUCCGUCAGUCUAUUCUGGGGAUAUUUCUGCUGAAGAAGAUGUUCUUCAGUGGUUGAUUCAACAAAGAUCAGAAGAUACCAUUGAAUCUGUAAACAGAGAAUUACUUGGACAGCUCAUUUCAUCGUCUCACUAUUUAGUUGUUUUUUUCUACAAGCCUCACUGUCGAGCCUGUGAUAUUGUUUUAGAGGAGUUAGAACAUAUUGAUGAUGAGUGUGAUAUCUAUGGUAUUCAUAUGGUUAAGAUUCAAGACAUUCCUUUGGCUAAAAGAUAUGGAAUCAGAAACUUUCCCGCGUUAAUGUAUUUCAGGAAUGGAAAUCCUCUUCUUUUUGAUGGUGAUCUUCGUAAUGAAGAUUCAGUUCUUGAUUGGCUUAUUGAUGAUGAUAAUCGUGAGCUGCAAGAUGAAAUUGAAGAUGUUAAUGGACGUAUGUUGGACAAACUUGUCGAUGAAUCACCAUUUCUGGCUGUGUUUUUCUACGACGACGACUGUAUCGAAUGUUCCGAUGUAUUGAAUAAAUUGGAACAAAUCGACGACGAACUUGAUCAUUACGGAAUUGACUUUGUCAAAGUAAAUGAUCCAAAUGCUGCUCAAAAAUAUAAAGCUCAUCAAGUUCCUUCAUUAGCUUAUUUCCGUAAAAAGAUUCCCAUUUUCUAUGACGGUGAUUUAAUGCAAGAAGAUAAAGUACUUGCUUGGUUGACAAGUGAAGAUGUUUUUGAACUUAAAGAUGAGAUCGAAGAAGUUAAUCGAAAAAUGCUUGAUAAAAUAUUAUCAGAAAAUGAUUUUGUUGCUGUCUAUUUCUAUGAAAAUGGCUGUUAUGACUGUGAGGAAGUCUUGAAGGAAUUGGAAAGAAUUGAUGAUGAAGCUGAUGAUCUUGAUAUCAUGUUCGUAAAAAUUCGUGAUACUCGUUAUGCCAGAAAGUAUGGCAUUGUUACACUUCCGUCACUAGUUUUCUUCAGAAAAAGAUUCCCUUCUAUGUACAGAGGAGAUUUAAUGAAGGAGGAGGAAGUUCUUGAAUGGCUUCGUAAAAAUCGUUAUCGACACCCUGAGAUUAACAUAUUUAUGUAUUGUUUGAUUGCUGUGACUGUUGCCUUCAUUCUUUAUACAAUUUUUCUUGUCUUUUUCCUCAGACACAAACAAAAGAAAGAUUGAAAAAGUUUGAAAUUUCGAGUGUAUUUUCCUUUUUGAGUGGACAAAAUGUGUUCAAUUAUUUCAUCAAUUAUUCAUCCAUAAUCAUCAUUUUAUGAUAACAUAAAAAAUGGCUAAAUUUUGACGACGCAUCAAUGUUUACAAUCAUAAUCUAAUCGUCACUAGUCGAGCUCAUUUCUGGUUUCAUGCAAUAAAAAAUUUUUCUUGCUGUUUUUAA